AACAAGGAUAAUAUCACCAGGUUACGUACACGGUACAACUAACAAACACAUGCAAACGAAGCAAGGAAUCAACAAUUGGAAUCUGUGAAUUCUGAUUAUUAUGAAUCUGAAUAGAGAAUCCAAGGAACAACCUACCCAGAAAGAUAAACCCUAAAGUAAUUGAUGUUUUUCACUUUGCCUGUAGAAUUGGACAAAGUAACUUUGAUCUUUAUAUAAUCCCUCGAUGUUCCCUCAAAAUUUCCGACCAAAUUUCGAAACUUUUCACAUUUACCAAUUGAUUGAACCCGACCCGUUAUUCAAUGGAUCCGGAGGAUAGGUCCGAGAUUGCCUUCUUCGACGUUGAGACGACUGUACCAAACAGAGGUCAACGUUUCGCGAUUCUAGAAUUCGGGUCAAUCCUUGUUUGCCCGAAGAAGCUUACGGAGCUCCGAAGCUAUACGACUCUGGUCCAACCUGCAGAUUUGAGUCUCAUAUCUUCCUUGUCCGUCAGGUGCAAUGGCAUCAAGCGUGACGACGUCGUUUUGGCACCUUUGUUUGCCGACAUCGCUGAUACUGUCUACGACAUUCUCCAUGGGAGGAUUUGGGCAGGUCACAACAUAUUGAGGUUUGAUUGUGCAAGGAUCAGAGAAGCAUUUGCAGAGAUUGGACGUCAACCACCCGAGCCAAAAGGCGCCAUCGACUCAUUGGGUUUGCUAACUCAGCAGUUUGGUAGAAGAGCUGGUGAUAUGAAGAUGGCAACUUUGGCUAGAUAUUUCGGACUUGGGAAUCAGACGCAUAGGAGCCUGGAUGAUGUUAGAAUGAAUCUUGAGGUUCUCAAAUAUUGUGCUACUGUCUUGUUCUUGGAGUCGAGUCUCCCCUAUGCACAUGUAGAUCAUUCGGUAUCUCCUGGAACUACUAGUUCAAGGAGACGUAUUGAUGCAUCUCACGAGGGUAAUACUGUAACAACCUCUGUUAGGCUACCAUCCAUUAGCGAGAACAGUGCAGCUCAGCCAGAUCCGUUCAACAUGAGCAUCUUGAGGAAUGAAAUGGCUUCCGACAACCACCUUCAAUCAGACAUUCUCAUGGAAGAAGAACAAAUUCAACCCUCUGAUAUUGUUGUCCCUGAGAAUACCAGUGACCAUGAGGGAUUCUUGGCUCCUGAUGCGGUGUCUCUUCCAAACAUCAAAGCGAUUCUUGUCCCGUUUUAUCCUGGAAGCGAAAUGAUGAAACUAAAGCUACUUCACGGUGAUUCCCCUCUGCAGCUCUACUGUUCUUGUCUGAAAGUACGGUUUGGAGUCAGUGGGAAGUUUCUGGAUAACACCGGGAGACGGAAGUUAAACUUUGUGGUUGAUCUGAAUCUAAGCCUGUGCAGUAUACUCGAAGCAUGUGACAGUAGUGCACAGAAACUAUCUGUUGAUUCAGGUUCCACUUCUGGCUGGAACCCGGUCGUGAAUCCAAUGAAGGGUUUUGUAAACUACCCUAACGCAAGGAUACAUAUUGCGACAGAGAUAAAUGGAGAUGCAGCUCGAUAUGCAACAGAGAUACACCAGAGAGAGUCCUCUGGAGCUAGUCAGAAACUAAUCUUCAGCAACCCGAGUGGUGAGGAGCUCGAAUCGUUGCUGACCAUGGGGAGUGUUGUUGAUGCAUUCUUGUCUCUGGAACCGUAUGAUUAUCAGCAGAAAGCUGGAAUCCGCCUUGUUGCCAAAAAACUAGUCAUACACUCGUAAAUCA